UUAGUCUUGACUUGCCUCGGUCAAUAUUCCUCUACCUGACUUAGUAGGAGGCAUGAGUGCAGUGUCGUUAUUGAUUGUGCACUUUACUACAGGCUAAGAGGGGUCACCGUAAGUUAUUUAAUAAUCCUGCGAACAUCCGGCGGGACCGUUAGAGACUGAACAAAACAUGGAAAUAUAUGUUAACCUGUCCCAACACAGCUCUCCACAGGACACUACCUGAUUGACACGGCUAGGUAACAUUGCAGUGGGGAGGGAGUAGAUCAGGUGUUGCAACCUAACACGACAAUCAUAAUAAUGGUGUACUGGCAGUUUAUAUUUUCGUCAUUACUGUAGAACUAGUUUAUAGUAGCCGAGCAGCACAAAACCGGAAGUGAAUUGCUCUAACUGUCAAAGUAAUAUCAACGAGUAAAAUUUUCUUUCAUUCAGGCAUUCUUGAGUUAUAUAUGCUUUUCCUGUUAUGUGUGUGAAUGUAAGUUUAUAUUAAACUUCCUGGUUAAUUGGAGUAAUAGAGUUAAAUACUGGUGAUUGCUGUGACUCUACUCAGACUCAGUAUGGGCAUCAAAAUAGCUGUGAGCUGCACUGUGCUGUUCGUACUACUGGAUGUUGCCAUCACCACUGUCCUGUACACACACGGAUCACACUUGACCAUAUUCACAAAAGAUGCUCUGGACUUUAACAUCCUCGCGUCUUCAUUGGAUCUCUGGGGGACCGUGCUGCUCCGAGCCUGCCUCCUCCUCGGAGCCUCCAUGGGGGUGGCAUGGAACAAAGUGGACGGCCCGCCGAGGGUUUCACAGUCCACCACCGUGGUUAGCCUGGUCUGCCUGAUCAUCGCCACCUACGCUCUGGCCAAGCUGCUCAUGCUGUCAGAGCUGGGGCCUCUGAUCCAGCAGCCGUGGUUCCUGAGCCUGGUAUGUUGGACUUGCGCCUCCUCCCUGGGCGUCGUGCUGCUUUGGAGGCAGAUGGGGAAGCAGUCCCACGUGGUGAGCAGUCACAACAACAGCAGCAGCAGUGGAGGAGGAAGAGGCUCUGAGGACACGGAGAGGCUGGUGCAGGCAGGUGGUGAGGAGGAGCAGGAGGUGGGAUGCGAGAGGAAGAAGGAGGAGGACGGAAGCAAGGAGAUGGAGAAGGAGAAGAGCAGCUCUGGGGCUACACUGGGACGCCUGCUGACCUACUGCAAAAAUGAUGGUGGACUGCUUUCUGUAGCUAUGCUCUUCCUCAUCAUCUAUGCAGUGUGUGAAGCAUUCAUUCCCUACUACUAUGGGAAAGCCAUAGACAGCAUUGUGGUUCACCAGAGCAUGGAGUACUUUGCUAAACCUGUUAUUACAUUGGCCGCUCUGGCCUUUGCCAGUUCAAUUGCAAUGGGAAUCAGAGGAGGAGUCUUCACCCUUAUAUUUGCAAGAUUAAACCUUCGGCUCAGGAACCACCUCUUCAGAGCUCUGAUGGGGCAGGAAAUUGCCUUUUUUGAUGAAAACCACACAGGUGACAUUCUUUCGCGCCUGUCUGCUGACACCACCCAGGUGAGCGACCUCAUCUCCCAGAACAUCAACGUCUUCCUGCGGAGCAUCAUCAAGAGCGUCGGCUUCUUCAUCUUCAUGUUUGGGAUGUCGUGGAAGCUCACGCUGGUGACCAUCAUGGGAUUCCCUUUCAUUGCCCUCGUCUCUCAACUUUAUGGAGACUACUACAAGAAACUAACCAAAGAGGUUCAAACAACCCUUGCAGAGGCCAAUAAAGUAGCAGAAGAAACCAUCUCAGCCAUGAGGACAGUACGCAGCUUUGCCAAUGAGUGCAGGGAGGCCGACUCCUACUACGCCAAGCUCAUGGUCAUGUUUCAGCUCAACAAAAAACAAGCCCUGGCCUACGCUUGCUACAUGUGGUCCAGUUGUAUCUCGGAGCUUGCUCUGGAGCUUGCUGUCCUCUACUAUGGAGGCCACCUUGUGAUAACUGGUCAACUGAGCAGUGGUGCCUUGAUAUCCUUCUUUAUAUACAUGCUUGAGCUGGGAGAAUGUCUUGAGAGCAUUGCAUCGGUAUACACCGGCCUCAUGCAGGGAGUUGGAGCUGCAGAGAAGGUUUUCGAGUAUCUGGACAGAAAACCCAAUCACCCACCUGAAGGCACAGAGGCUCCAGAAACAUGCACUGGUCUGGUUGAGUUUAAAGACAUCUCGUUUGCCUACCCGACACGCCCUGAGACUGAGAUUCUUAAGGGAGUGUCAUUUACCCUGCGGCCCGGAGAAGUGACUGCCCUGGUGGGACCUUCAGGCAGCGGAAAGAGCUCCUGUGUGAGUCUGCUGGAAAAUUUCUACCUUCCUCAGCAAGGCCAGGUUCUGCUGGAUGGAAAGCCUGUUUCCACCUUCCAGCAUCACUACCUCCACUCCAAGGUGGCUCUUGUGGGCCAAGAGCCUGUGCUGUUCGCCAGGACUGUGCAGGAGAACAUCAUCUAUGGCCUAACUGACGUCCCCACAGAGGCUGUGGUGCAGGCUGCCAUCAAAGCUAACGCUCACGAUUUCAUCACCUCACUCACCGAAGGCUAUAACACAAGUGUUGGAGAGAAGGGGACACAGUUAUCAGGGGGGCAAAAACAAAGGGUGGCCAUCGCAAGAGCUCUCAUCCGCAAGCCCCGUGUUCUUAUCCUGGAUGAGGCAACCAGCGCUCUGGAUGCAGAAAGUGAACACAUUGUUCAGCAGGCUCUGAACAACAUCAUGCAGGAGCACACGGUGUUAGUGAUCGCCCAUCGGCUCAGCACGGUGGAGAAGGCAGACAACAUCAUAGUGAUCGACAAGGGCCGUGUGGCCGAGCAGGGGUCUCACAGUCAGCUGAUGGCCAGCGGUGGGCUCUACUACAAGCUGGUGCAGAGGCAGGUCCUGGGCAUUGAGACCGGAGCGGAGGUCCUCAACCCGUCCGAAAACCUCGGGUGGAAGUCCGAUGGAGGACGGCAGCGGAGGACACAAAGCAGCGGCAGCAGCGACAGCGAGUCUGAGUUGAAUGUGCGCUACUGAGAAUGACCUGCAGUGUGUGUGGAAAUAGGAUUAUAGAACCAGAGUGGAAUGUGGAAUCAGGACAUUUUGAAGGGGAUGGCACCUCCAGUAAGGGAAUCAUACUUGAAUGAAUGGCCAGAAGGCCACCGGCUGCUUUAAGCAUUGGCAGUAUGCUGCUGAUCAACAAUUGAAGAUUGUGUUUGUAUUUGUUUAUGACCUCAUAGUCACUCUCCAGCCAGAUAAAUUAUUGAAGCCUUCCUCAGGAUUGAGUUACGUUAUAGGAUUGAGUUACGUUAUAUAGUAUCUUCACUUUCAGUAGUUUUCAUAUGUACUGUUUUAAAUGUAACAUUAUUUAUAGUGAGUACAAAGGAAAAUCGGCACUUGUAUGUGGAAUGGUAAAGAUUGUAAAGCAAGUAAUGACACUACAGAUUCAUUAUGUGACUGUGUUAAUCAUUGCAAAUGAAAGAUUUACGCAAAAAACACUAAAGUAAAAUGCUUGUAUUCCUUUAGGGAUGCAGACAUUGAGUUAAUGCCAUACUGAUGCAUUCAAUGUCUUCUAGUAAAAAAAAGUUUAAAUUAUCAGCCAUUGGCAAAUGCCCUGUAUAGUAAAUAUUAAGGUUUUUUUCUAAAAUGACGCUGUGUGUCCAGUUACUUGGGCACAUACGGCAAGAAAUUUGAAGACCUGACCUUGGACAUGGACUUGACGAAUAUUUUACAAUGUCUUGCAACAUUAUCGGCAUAUUUUAUUAGACACAACACAGACGUCAAGCUUGUUCCCAAUGUACUGUGUCACUGCUGCCAUCUGCUGUUAUGGUCGUUAUCAAUCAACGCAAAUACAGAAGCUGCUGUGAGAACCCCUCUGA